CAUAGCAUCAACAAAGUACAAACUACACGACAAAAGCAUCUCAUUCUCUCCAGUCUCCACUUCAAAGAACAAAGAAAGACGACCUUGUUGUUUCUCAAAAAAAGAAAGACGACCUUGUUAUUCUUCUCUCUCUCUCUUCACUCGGAAACCCAUCACAAUUCUCCCGACCCGACCCGGUCCGUGUAAAUGGCCGGAGUUAACCUUAAUAAAAACGCUCCGCAUAAGCCCUCUUCGUCGUCCUCCGCCGCCGCCGCCGCCGCUGCUGCUGCCGCCGUCUCUUCCUCUUCCUCUCACCGCAAAUCCCGCUGGGAAAACAACCCCUCCACCACUACUACACCCUCAAAACCAAACCCUUCUCCAAAACCCGGAGACUCAAAACCUAACCCGUCUCCAAAACCCGCCCCGACUCCAAGCCCGGCGAAUCAGCGCCACCACCAAUACCACCACCAAGCUCACCCUACUCCUCCCCACUCCGGCCCAGGCCCAAUCCAAUUCCCGGACCUCUCCGCCUUAGGCCCACCGCCUCCGCCGGCUUAUGGGUUCCACAUGCUUGAACGGCGAACCUUCGUUCUCGCCGAUGGUACCGUCCGAUCCUACUUCGCUCUCCCUCCCGAUUACCAAGACUUCAAUCCGAUGCCCCCGCCGAUGCCGAUGCCGAUGCUGCCACCACCGCAUCGGCUUCCGGGGAGUCCCGGAGGAGGGUUUAAUCGGCACCAGCAGGAUUACUGGAACUCGCUAGGGCUCGAUGGACGUGGGCCUGGGCCUGGUGGGCCCAGCAUGGAAGGCCCAUCAUCAAUGAAGAGGAAGUAUAUGAGCGAAGAAGAAGAGAAACACAGGCAACAGUUUGGUAUUGGCAAUGGGUUUCCAAUUGGGAAUGAGUUUUUGGCGGGAAACAGUGGUCCAUUUGGGCGUAGUGGUGGUGGUGAUGAUUAUAGUAACAAUAGAGCUUCAAAGUAUAUUAGACUUGGUGGUGGCGGUGGUGGUGGUGGUGGUGUUGGUAAUGAAAAUAGUGUGGUUCAUAAGCAUCUACAAGUUGAUCAGAGCGCCUUGAACAAGGCAUUUCUUCAGUUCGCUAAGUUGCUUAAUGAGCUUUCCAAUCAGAAAAAGACUUACUUGGAGGAUGGCAAACUUGGACGCCUUCCAUGUCUUGCUUGCGGCAGGUCUACUAAAGAGUUUCCAGAUGUGCAUAGUCUCAUAAUGCACACUUACCACUCAGAUCAUGGUGACUUGCGUGUGGAUCACUUGGGCUUACACAAAGCUCUUUGCAUUUUAAUGGGGUGGAACUACUCAAAGCCUCCUGAUAACUCAAAGACGUAUCAGUUUCUAUCGGCUGAUGAAGCGGCAAUGAACCAGUACGAUCUGAUUAUGUGGCCACCUAUGGUGAUCAUUCAUAAUACAAUUACAGGAAAGGGUAAAGAGGGGCGCAUGGAGGGUUUGGGAAACAAAGCAAUGGAUAGUAAGAUUAGAGAACUUGGAUUUGGAGGUGGCAAGUCACGGUCUUUGUAUGGGAGAGAGGGUCAUUUGGGUACGACACUGGUUAAGUUUUCUGGUGAUCAAUCAGGCCUUAAGGAGGCCCUGCAGAUGGCUGAAUUCUUUGAGAAAGAAAAUCAUGGACGCCAGGCUUGGGCACGAGUACAGCCCUCACAUUUUGGCAGGGAUGAUGAGAAGAACCCAAACCUUGUAAAGGUGGAUGAGAAUACAGGAGAGAAAAAGAGGAUCUUUUAUGGUUAUCUUGGAACUGCUUCUGAUAUGGAGAAAUUUGAUUUUGACACAAAGAAGAAGGUUACCAUUGAGAGCCUGAGAGAAUACCUUUCCAAGUAGAUUCUUGGUGUCCAUGCAUGGUAUUGUUGUGUAUUCUUAUUUAUGCUCGGUUAUUACUGUAAGAAUAUCUGAGCCUUAGGUCUCAUUUGAUGACCUAGGUCUCAUUUGAUGAUGAAAGAUUUAAUGUGAUAUGCCAACAAUUUCUGAUGUUA